AUGGAUCCGGAACUGCAGAUCAAGGCCCUGGUCGAUACCUUGGCUCCAAGAACUGCACACCAAUACAAGCUCUACCACACGAAGUACCUCCAAUGGUGUCGAGAUAAUCGCCUAGUCCGUUCGCCUGUGGCAGAUCAUCCUUACAAAGAUGUCAUCGUUACCGCGACCCUCGUGCAUUGGUUUAUACUCUCGAAAUUUGUAUGUGCCAAAGACUCGCAGCUGACGGUAUCUGUGCUGCGUAAAAUGAUCAGUGCCUUCAAGUUUCUACAUCGUGUGUGCAAGGCAUACGAACCGGAGUAUCCGUACGAUCUGGAUUAUGAAUACCUCGAAGGAGUGGCUCGUUUACAUGUUAGUGCCUGUGCUGAGAAAUCUCCAAUAUCGCCUCUCGACAUUGUGUCAUCCAACAUGUGGAGUCCACACGGGAAACGCUUCUCAGAGAAGUAUUUCAAGGGCGGCAUUGAGAAGCUGAGGUUUUUGGCUGAUUUCCACAUCCAGCAAUACUGGCACCUCAAUUUCGCUGAUCGAUCUCGGCUUACGCUAGGGGACCUUCUGGCUCCACAAGAAUCUCAAAUACUUUUGGUAGAUCGAGUUUCAGAAGACUCGCCCUCAACAAUACAAAGACUUGCCCUUCUCCGGCAAAACACGCCUUGGAAAUGUCCACUCACUACUUUAGCGGCGUACUUUUUUUUGCGCUUUUAUGGAGUUUCGAAGUAUUACCGAGGAGAUGGGUUUCCGGACCUUUUGGAAAGUGACAACUGGCGUUUCCUCCCAAUCAUUCGAGGAAAGUUUAUUGAUAAAUAUCCACGCGAGGAAACAAUGGCCAAUUACUACGCAGAUGUUUUCAGGACAUGCCAUCUAUCUUACAAAAGACGGGAGUAUUUUUACAACAAAACGGCCGAUAAUUGCCAGUACCCUCGAGUACGACGCAGCGAAUUCGAAGAUUUGCAAGACUUGGGGAACGGCAAGCAAAAUACCUUUUUCCCUGAGAAUAUUGGAAUUGAUUUCUUGAGGCACAUGAAUGGAGUUCCCGUUUACGAGCCUGCUGGUCCAGUCGAUGAUCACUCGAUAUCUGCUAUACCGCAAUCAUUGCUAGUUCAAGUUUUCCCAGAGGUGGAAUCAUACAAAAGAGCUGCUGGCAAACUGAGCGACGAUAGCAAACGGUUUCUGAAGGUACUAGAACUGCUGCGAGAUUGUCUCGUUGCAGCUUUACCCCUCAUUAACCACUUUUACCCAGAGCACGACCUUUUGAGAGACUCUGUCUUUCAAAGUACAGAAUUUCAAAGCUUUUGUCGACAAAAGAUCGAAGAAUUGCGUGCUAAGGAUGAGCUACAACAAUAUGAACCUGAGUCAUUCGACCUAAACAACACUGUUCAAGCUUCUAAUCCGGUAGAGAUACAAACAAUAGCAUCCAAGCCCUCUGCGGAGCUCACGCAGCAAGAAGCAGAAUCUGAGAGUCUUCACACUUUCCUUCGUGACCAGACUUUCCGUAUGGUUCAGUACCAAACUGCAACAAAUUUCCAUUUACUUUUGCAAUCCUUAAGUCGCGUCUUUGAAAAGCUGGAGACCAAAAAGAGUACCCGAGAGUACAUCCUAUAUCAAUUGGGAUCACUGGAACAAUCCUUGCAAGAGCGCAUCACGCAGAGCUCGCCCGAUGAUGUCAAACAAGAAGCUGACUCGAGUGCUGAUACUUUGGCGCCGUCCAAGCCCCCAGAUGCCUCCCAACAACCUGCGCUGUACGAUAGCGACGCGGAGGAUGAUGAAGACUACAAGGAGGACGGUUUUGAAGGAGACCCUAACAAUGAUGACGGCAAUACAAACCUGCAAAGUGAGCUUCAAACUUUAGUGUCACAGGUUAUGGAUGUAAAGUUCAAAGACGCAAUAGAAAAGCAAACUUACGAGAUUGAGUCGCGAGUUCAACAGCUCGUAGCCGCUCAGGUCAAAGAGGAAGUUCGCAAGCAAUUGGCGCAUUUGAUGAAUCGGGACUCGCCUUCGCUUACCCCACAGCCAACAGCGACGACGAUACUUGCCCCAAAACGGGCCCGAGAUGAUGAAGAAGAACAGUUGGAGCAAUCACGGGAGGCGCAAUUUGCUCUAUCGUCAAGCCUUGACAGCAUAGAAGACGUUGUGCUGGAGUGGUUUACGCCUAAUCCAGAAAUGGGGAACGAAUGUGUGCAUACAAUGAACCGUAAAUUUGGCAAGACUUGGAGGACAGCAUCCACAGAAACUUCAGAUCUCUACAGACAACGCAAGCUGAUUGUUGAAUUCUACAUAUGUCUGGUAAACCAGCGAAAGAUGGACAGAUACAAGGCUGUCGCUGUCUGUGAGAACUUGAGAGGCAGCGAAACGCUCGAAGCUUUCGGCAAUAAGCUCAGGCAGUGGAAAAAGCUUCACAACAAUAAUUUCGACGGCCUGGGGUAG